UUUUCUUGGAAGCUGCCCUUGUGGCGAUGACAGGUUCACGAAGCAUCAAUGUACAGAAUCAGACAACCUUGCCAAUGGUUUUCAACCUCCAUCUGCCUUUAAAAAUCACCAAUGCAUUAAAGAUAACUCGGUCUCCGUCAUAUACUGCCGUGUCUCUAAUCUAUGAUUUUCUUUUGGAAAAAGCCACCAUCUUCUCACUCGGUUUUCGCUUUCACCGCAAACCCUUUUUCACACCACACCACUUGAUCAUGUAGAGCUUGUCCUGUUCUUGCACACACACAAACCCCUCCCUCGGCUUCUGGGUUUCUCUUAAGAAUUCCGAAAAUGAAGUUGUGUGAGUGUUUUCAAAUUGUUCCUUCAGUUCUAUCUAUUAGACUUAUAUGAGAGUGAAGCAUUCAGUUUUGAGGGGCUAUGAAGUGUUUUAGUUUGUCCAACAAAGCGAAAAAUGAGGAACCAGGCCCACCAGGGACUACAAAGUCCAUUUCGGUUCGGUCCACUUCCACGUCCAUGUCAAUGGACCAGGAUCCAAGGAGGUCUGGAUCUGAAUUUAAUUCUCAGAAUGUCUCAGAAUUUAGCACAGCAUCCUCUGCUAAGUCAUUUGCAAUCUUGUCUCAAAGACAAAGUAAUCUCAGAGAAUUCACAUUCUCAGAGUUGAAGACGGCCACUAAGAAUUUCAGCCGCUCCCUCAUGCUUGGAGAGGGUGGGUUUGGUGGAGUAUAUAGGGCUGUGAUCCGGAGCACAGAUGAUCCGCACAAAAAGAUAGAUGUUGCCGUUAAACAACUAAGUAAAAGAGGAUUGCAGGGCCAUAAAGAGUGGGUGACAGAAGUAAAUGUUUUAGGGGUUGUUGAACAUCCAAAUCUUGUUAAAUUAUUGGGCUACUGUGCUGAGGAUGAUGAAAGAGGGAUCCAGAGGCUGCUGAUAUAUGAAUACAUGCCCAACAGGAGUGUGCAGGAUCACUUAUCAAGCCGGUUUCAUGCACCUCUUCCGUGGACCACAAGAAUGAGAAUAGCCCAGGAUACUGCUCGUGGCUUAGCAUACCUCCAUGAAGGAAUGGAUUUUCAGAUUAUUUUCAGGGAUUUCAAGUCUUCAAACAUACUUUUGGAUGACCAAUGGAAUGCAAAGUUGUCGGACUUUGGAUUGGCUAGGCUGGGGCCUUCAGAUGGAUUAAGUCAUGUCUCGACUGCGGUUGUAGGAACAAUUGGAUAUGCGGCUCCUGAAUACAUUCAAACUGGGCAUCUUACAUCAAAAAGUGAUAUCUGGAGCUAUGGAGUUUUCCUUUAUGAACUCAUCACUGGCAGGCGCCCUUUCGAUCGGAACCUCCCCAAAAACGAGCAAAAACUGUUGGAUUGGGUCAAGCCACACCUCUCUAACUCGAGGAAGUUUGAGCUGAUUUUGGACCCGAGGCUUGAAGGAAAGUAUUCGCUCAAGUCGGCCCAAAUGUUAGCUGCCAUAGCCAACCGGUGCUUGGUGCGGCAGCUUAAAUCACGCCCCAAAAUGAGCGAAGUCUUGGAGACGGUGAAUCAAAUUGUGGACACAGCAGAUGUUGGAAAUCCCCAACCCCCCAUGAAGAGUUUGGCUUCAGAAGAUGAUUCCAUAGAGUCCAAAAGAGAACGUUUACAGAGAUGGUUUUUGGAUCCAAUUGUUGGAGAAAAGGGUUGUUUGAAUUGGGGAGCAUGGAGACCUAAGGUUGUCAGGACAUGUUGAACAUAGUUGGGGUGAAAUGAAGGAAUCAUCCCACCCAAUUGGUGCAUAUGCCAGUUAGGCCAUAAGGCAACUCUGAAAAUUUACUCUGUUCUCUACAUAUGUAUUGUGCAAUUGAAGUGUAAAUCUCUACCAACAUAGACGAGUGUAUGUACAUUUCCAAAAGCUGCCUUUUUACAGUUUGACUCAGAAUUACUCCCAUGAUGAAUGGUGAUUCUGCUUUGUUUGGCAAA